AGACCCAGCCGCCUAGGACGGUCCCGUCGCGGUCGGUCGGACGGACGCCCCAGCGCCGCGGGCUUGGGUCGCCAGGGCACUCAGGUGUCUCCAAGAUGCUUAGAGGCCUCUGCCCCAUCCUCCUGCUCUGGGGGCUCCUGGGGGUCCUCCAUGCCCAGCAGCAGGAGGUCAUCGCACCCGACACCAUAGACAGUAGCAACAACUGCCCAGAGAAGGUGCACUGCCCGGUGUACGUGUACUUCGUGCUGGACACGUCGGAGAGUGUGGCCAUGCAGCCGCCCACGGACCGGCUGCUGCAGCACAUGCAGGAGUUCGUGGUGGAGCUGACCAGCCAGCUGCAGGACCAGCUGUACCUGGACCAGGUGCACCUGAGCUGGCGGCUGGGCGGGCUGCACUUCUCAGACGUUGUGAAGGUGUUCAGCCCGCCCGACAGCGACCGGGCCACCUUCCUCAGCAAGCUGCGCGGCAUCGUGUCCUUCCGGCGGGGCACCUUCACCGACUGUGCCAUCGCCGACAUGACGCAGCAGGUGAAGCCCUUCUUGGGCAAGGGUGCCGUGGCCUUCGCCGUGGUCAUCACCGACGGCCAUGUCACCGGCAGCCCAUGCGGCGGCCUCAAGCUGCAGGCUGAGCGCGCCCGCGACGAGGGCAUACGGCUGUUCGCCGUGUCCCCCAGCCAGCGGCUGCACGAGCAGGGCCUUCGGGACCUGGCCAGUGUCCCCCACGAGCUCUACCGCAAUGGCUACGUCACCAUCCGGCCUGACUCCGAGAUGGACCAGGACACCAUCAACCGCAUAAUCCGGGUCAUGAAACACGAGGCCUACGGGGAGUGCUACAAAGUGAGCUGUCUGGAAAUCAGGGGCGCGCCCGGCCCCAAGGGCUACCGUGGACAGAAGGGUGCCAAGGGCAACAUGGGCGAGCCGGGUGAGCCUGGACAGAAGGGACGACAGGGGGACCCGGGCAUCGAGGGCCCCAUCGGAUUCCCCGGACCCAAGGGGGUUCCCGGCCUCAAAGGAGAGAAGGGUGAAUUUGGAGCUGACGGACGAAAGGGCGCCUCUGGCCUGGCCGGCAAGAAUGGGACUGAUGGACAGAAGGGCAAGUUGGGGCGCAUUGGACCUCCUGGAUGCAAGGGGGAUCCCGGGAGCCGGGGACCUGAUGGCUACCCUGGAGAAGCAGGCAGCCCUGGAGAGCAGGGCGACCAAGGCGCCAAGGGAGACGCUGGCCGGCCUGGACGCAGAGGCCCCCCGGGCGAGAGCGGGGCCAAAGGAAGCAAGGGUUACCAGGGCAACAGCGGAGCCCCAGGCAGCCCCGGCGUGAAGGGAGCCAAGGGUGGUCCUGGGCCUCGAGGACCCCGCGGAGAGCCUGGCCGCAGAGGAGACCCUGGGGCCAAGGGCGGCCCAGGCAGUGAUGGCACCAAGGGGGAAAAGGGGGACCCUGGGCCUGAAGGUGCCCGGGGCCUGGCCGGAGAGGUGGGCAACAAAGGAUCCAAGGGGGACCGAGGCCUGCCUGGACCUAGAGGACCCCAAGGUGCCCUGGGGGAACCUGGAAAGCAGGGAUCUCGGGGAGACCCUGGGGAUGCUGGUCCCCGUGGAGACUCAGGACCACCCGGCCCCAAGGGAGACCCCGGCAGACCUGGAUUCAGCUACCCUGGACCUCGAGGAGAGCCCGGUGACAAGGGCGAGCCCGGCCCCCGAGGCCCCGAGGGCGGCAGAGGCGACUUCGGGCUGAAAGGAGAGAGCGGGAGGAAAGGCGAGAAGGGCGAGCCUGCGGAUCCUGGACCGCCUGGGGAGCCUGGGCCCCGAGGCCCGAGAGGACCCCCAGGACCUGAGGGAGAACCUGGGCCCCCCGGCGAUCCCGGUCUCACAGAGUGUGACGUCAUGACAUACGUGCGGGAGACGUGCGGCUGCUGCGACUGUGAGAAGCGCUGCGGGGCCCUGGACGUGGUGUUCGUCAUCGACAGCUCCGAGAGCAUCGGCUACACCAACUUCACCCUGGAGAAGAACUUCGUCAUCAACGUGGUCAACAGGCUGGGCGCCAUCGCCAAGGACCCCAAGUCCGAGACUGGCACCCGCGUGGGCGUGGUCCAGUACAGCCAUGAGGGCACCUUUGAGGCCAUCCAGCUGGACGACCCGCGCAUCGACUCGCUGUCCAGCUUCAAGGAGGCCGUGCGCAGCCUCGAGUGGAUCGCGGGCGGCACGUGGACGCCGUCGGCGCUCAAGUUCGCCUACGACCGGCUCAUCAAGGAGAGCCGCCGCCAGGGCACGCGCGUGUUCGCCGUGGUCAUCACCGACGGCCGGCACGACCCGCGCGACGAUGACCUGCACCUGCAGGCGCUGUGCAACCGCGACGUCACCGUCACGGCCAUCGGCAUCGGCGACAUGUUCCACGAGAAGCACGAGAGCGAGAGCCUGUCGUCCAUCGCCUGCAACAAGCCGCAGCAGGUGCGCAACAUGACACUCUUCUCCGACCUGGUGGCCGAGCGCUUCAUCGACGACAUGGAGGACGUGCUGUGCCCGGACCCCCAGAUCGUGUGCCCGGACCUCCCCUGCCAAGCAGAUGGUGCGCGGCCCGGCGAGCCGGCGGUCACCUUCCUGCACUCGGAAGAGGGCCGGGACACCUCCUUCCCUGGGACCGCCCCCCUGAUCCAACACAUGCUAAACGCCACCAAGCUCAGCGGGGACCCGGCCACCUACUCCAGGCUGGUGGCCACGCUGGUCUACACUGCCGAACGGGCCAAGUUUGCCACGGGGGGCGAGCGGCUGCACUGGAUGGAGCUCUUCAUUGACACCUUUAAGCUGGUGCACAGGGACAUUGUGGGGGACCCCGGGGUGGCUCUGGCACUCUGCUGACCCUCCAUGGGAACCGCACCCAGGCCACCCAGUGCCCAGCAGUGAAACUGCCCCACCCGAGGCUCCUGGCCCACACUCCAGGGGGCACAGGGGUCCGUCACGCGUCUGAGACCCUUCCUGCUCCCAGCUCCCAUGGCUGCAGCCCCCUCCUGUGAGCACCCGGAGGUGGCACCCACCCGGGGCAAUCAGGAGCUGAGCAGCUGUCCCCAACCUACAGGUCCCCUUUCCCAUCAGGGAUGGCCUCACUCAUCUCAGCACAUUGAGCCCCGAGUUCUGCCAAGCCACUGGUCGCCGUGGCUCCCAGAUCCCAGCAGGCACAACCAGAGUCAGAAGUGGGAGGGGCCCUCAGAGCCCCCUCCUGCACAGGAAGCAGGGGGCGGGGGUGGGAACAGGUCCUGGUGGGAACCAGCCCCCUACUGCUACCCCAAACCUGCACUCAUGCAUCAGUGCCCCUAGGGAUGUGCAAGGCAGACUGAACUCAAGAAUUUGCUAGAAGCACAGGUAGCACUGGCUUGUGUGGGUUUAGAGAAGUUGCUCUUCAGUUGCAAAUAAGCUAGUUCUUUAAUAAGCUCAUUAAAGAUUCUCCCCAGCCAGGGCUGGAGCAAUAGCACAGCGGGUAGGGCAUUUGCCUUCCAUGAGGCCGACCCAGGUUCGAUUCCCAGCAUCCCAUAUGGUCCCCUGAGCACCGCCAGGGGUAAUUCCUGAGUGUAGAGCCAGGAGUAACCCCUGUGCAUCGCCCGGUGUGACCCAAAAAGAGAAAAGAAAAAAAAAUGUUUCUUAAAGAUUGUUCCUAACAGUGCCCUCGGCACG